GGAUGAACUACCUAAAUUGUCUGGUAUGGGCACUACUUGGGACUACUGGGGUCUCUGCCCUCAGCCCGGCCCAACGGCGCGACAUCGUCAGGUCCUUCAACCCGCACCGCAACGCCAACUCGCCCACGACGCCUCUCCAAGUUGGAAAUGGCGAUUUCGCUUUCGGUGCCGACAUCACCGGCCUGCAGACCUUUUCUCCAUUUGCCAUCCAGAGCUCUUGGGCAUGGCACAAUUUCAGCCUGCCAACCACGCCUGGACAGAUGUCAACUACCGAUUUCACCGGUGUCGACUGGUGGACGCACGGGCGACUGGUGAAUUAUGGCAUACCUAAUCCGGCGGAGGAAGACAUUUCGAACUGGCUGAUCCAGAACCCGCAAAGAGUUAAUAUGGGAAACAUUGGCCUAUAUUUCGGUGGGCGCAACGUUACUGAACAGCAACUCAUCGACAAAUCCCAGGAGCUCGACCUCUGGAGUGGCACUAUCCUAUCAAAUUUCCGGUUUAAUGGAUCCAGCGUAUCCGUUCAAGUGACAAGCCAUCCGGCGGACCCUGUUGUAGGGAUCGAGAUCAAGUCAGACCUCCUGGUGUCUGGAGGCCUGGGUGUCUUCUUCGACUUUCCAUACUCUGAUACGAACAAGUUCGACGCCCCAUAUGUUGGAGUGUGGAACGAGACUAGAAUUAAUACAGUAAAAGCCCAUUCAACUGCCCAUUCAGUGUCUUUCAGACAUAUCGCGGAUGACAAUGUGCAAUAUACUCGCGCAAACUGGAGCACAAAUGGGGCUAUAUCCGGCCCUUUGCCCAGUUCAAACAGGUUUAUUCUCACACCAUCUGGCUGUGAUACUCUACACCUAGUGGUUGCAUUUUCGCCGACAGAUAGGGUCAAGAUGCCCAGUUCCAACGAGAUUUCGACAGAGUCUCGAGAAUGUAAUAAUGAUAAUGCAACUGAGCUGCAACGACGAAUAAUCUUGUCGCAGUAUCUAGUUGCUGUAAAUUCAGCGUCCCAUAAUCCCCCUCAAGAGUCUGGCCUUGUGAAUAAUGGUUGGUAUGGUAAAUUUCAUCUAGAAAUGGUCUUGUGGCACUGCCUGCAGUUCGCCCGCUGGGGUCACCAUGACCUUCUCUCGCGGACAGUCCCCAGCACGUACCAGCGCUUCCUCCAGUCCAGCAUCGAGAGAGCUGCUUCACAAGGGUACGUAGGCGCGCGCUGGGGCAAGAUGACAGACCCAACCGGGAGGAGCGCGCCGGGGGAGAUCAACGUCUUGCUCAUCUGGCAGCAACCGCAUGUGAUGCAUUUUGCUGAAUAUGUUUACCGAGCUUUCCCCAACAGUAACACCUUGCGAGAAUGGGAUGAGAUUGUUACAGCGACGGCUGAUUUCAUGGCGUCAUAUGCUUGGUGGAAUACAACCACCCAGGUUUACGAUCUUGGGCCCCCGAUGUACCCGGUCAGCGAGAAUACCAAUCCUAAUGCAACGGUGAAUCCCACAUUUGAGCUGGCAUACUGGCGAUUCGGGCUGGAUAUCGCAAUCCAAUGGAAAGAGCGCCAGGGAGUGUCAGUGCCCAGAGACUGGGUUGCGGUGCGGGAUAACCUCGCGCCACUUCCAGUUAUUAACGACUCUUAUGCUGUCUACGAGGGUAUCCCAGACAUGUGGAAGGAAGGGACAACAACAGUGCAGGACCACCCGGCGAUGAUUGGUAUAUACGGUCUGCUUCCACCCUCAUCAACAGGGCCUCCGCUCAAUUUGACCGUGAUGCGCAAUACCGCCAAACUCAUUCAGAAACUGUGGGAACUGGAAGACGUGUAUGGCUGGGACUUCAGCAUGCUAGCCAUGAAUAGCCUCCGCUUAGGCGAUGUAGAGCAGGCUGUUGCCUAUCUCCUGCAUCCCUACUACGCCUUCGACGACGCCGGGUACCCAGUGGGAGGGGAGAGGGUGCCCACACCGUAUUUCCCCAACGCUGGAGGUCUGCUACUUGCGACUGCCAUGAUGGCUGGAGGGUGGGAUGGAGAUGAGGGCCCGCAUUUUCCUGCAGGCUGGAAUGUGACUGUGGAGGGAUUCACACCGAGCUUGUGAUCGAGCUGAGCUUCUCCUGGAUUUCACGGUUGUUGCAGACGCGACGCAUUUCCAUGAUGACGAUUACGGCGUUCUUACAUGGGGCAGACAGAGCCCAUCUUGCGGGGGAUGUGCUGGCAGGCUGGUUUGCCAUAGUGCAUUUUACCUACGUAUGGGCCUGUUCUAAGCGAGAAUACUAGGGAUUGGCGGAUUGGGAGAUGUUGAGAGCAAUUUUUGGAGGUCUGAUGUCAGUAACCUGUGCGCAGGGAGUUUUGUUAACAGGCUAGAUGUCAUAACAACUCGUCUAACUGGCAAUGGCGUACCCCGUAUCUUUUCUAGAACAUCAGUGGAGCCGCGAUCUCCAGAUUUGGGCCACAUUAGCUCGCCCCACAACACAAAUUGAUUUAUUAUUGG